UUUACUGUCAGUGAAUUGUGGCGAUGAAUGGCCGCCUCGUUCAGUGUACGAUUACUCUGUUUUCUUGCGAUUCAUUUUUUGUAAUUCAGUGACCCGCGUCUAAAACAGCUUAGAAUUGCAUUGCAAUUGAGUAGCUGAGUUAUUAUAUUAGACGUAAAGACAUAACGAUUAAAAAUGGACAAAACAACAGAUGGAUUAUACCAUCCAGAUCGGAACAAUGGAGCGGAAGAUGUUACCAUGACAUUGGUAAAUGCUGACGAGAGAGUUGCUAUUCUGGAUGCUGGUGCUCAAUAUGGAAAGGUGAUUGAUCGGAAAGUUCGUGAAUUAAAUGUUCAGUGUGAAAUUUUAUCGAUAGAUACACCAGCAUAUGUCCUCCAAGAAAGUGGAUACAAAGCUAUUAUUAUCUCUGGAGGACCUAGUUCUGUUUAUGCUGAAGAUGCACCACGAUAUGAUGGUGAUAUUUUUCGAAUAGGCAUCCCAGUGUUAGGUAUCUGCUACGGAAUGCAGAUGAUGAACAAAGAGUUUGGAGGCACGGUUAUACGAAAAGAAGGUAGAGAAGACGGACAAUUUCCUAUUGAAGUCGAUCCCAAGUGCCUUUUAUUCAAGGGCUUGGAUAAAGAACAGUUAGUUCUUCUUACUCAUGGAGAUAGUAUAGAAAGAGUAGCUGAUUGUUUUAGAGCUACAGCCAAAUCAUCGAAUUUCAUAGUUGGAAUAGCGAGUGAUAAAAUGAAUUUGUAUGGUGUACAAUUCCAUCCAGAGGUUGAUCUCACUCCAAAUGGAAAACAAAUGUUACAUAAUUUUCUUUUCGGUGUAGCUGGGCUCACUGGUAACUAUACAAUGCGUGAUCGAGAAACCCAGUGUAUUCAGUAUAUUAAAGAAACUGUUGGCAACAAUAAAGUAUUGCUCUUGGUAAGUGGCGGUGUUGAUUCCACCGUCUGUGCGGCAUUAUUACAUAAAGCGUUAAACAAGGAACAAGUAAUUCCACUACAUAUUAACAAUGGAUUUAUGCGUAAAGGGGAGACUCCAUUUGUUGAACAAAGUUUAGCACAACUAGGCAUUAAAUUGCGAGUUGUUAAUGCAGCACAUUAUUUUAUGGAAGGAACCACGUCGAUGCCAUUAGAUAAUGUUCCACCUGUUAAUGUUGUUAACAACAAAGGAAUUGGAGUUACCACAAUUGGUCCUAGAACUAGAAUAACCAAAAUGCUCUGUCAAACGACAAGUCCUGAAGAGAAACGUAAAAUAAUCGGUGAUGUGUUUGUUCGAGUGGCUAAUGAUGCUAUGACUGAAAUGGGGUUAAAACCCGAUGAAGUCUUUCUUGGACAAGGAACACUUAGGCCCGAUCUUAUUGAAAGUGCAAGUGCACUUGUCAGUGACAAAGCUGAUGCAAUUAAAACACACCACAACGACAGUGAACUCGUGAGAGCUUUAAGGGCGCAAGGUCGAGUAGUAGAACCUUUGAAAGACUUUCACAAAGAUGAAGUAAGACAAAUUGGGUGUGAUUUAGGCUUACCAGCAUCUCUCGUUCAACGACAUCCGUUUCCUGGACCUGGAUUAGCUAUACGUAUAUUGUGUGCAGAUGAACCUUACAUGGAUAAAGACUUUUCUGAAACACAGGUGAUCGUAAAAAUAAUGGCCGAGUACGAACAAAUGCUUCAAAAAAAGCAUGCAUUGCUAAACCGUGUCGAAGGUGCAACCAGUGAAUCAGAACGUCAACAUUUACGAAGAGUAUCAAGCAACCAUCAUAUUGCAGCUACUCUUUUACCAAUACGUAGUGUUGGAGUACAAGGUGAUAGAAGGAGCUAUAGUUAUGUAGUGGGUUUAUCCUGUGAUGAGCCAGCACCAGAAAAUAUUGUCUGGGAAGAUUUAAUGUUUCUUGCCAGGCUGAUACCACGUGUGUGUCAUAAUGUGAAUCGUGUCUGUUAUAUAUUUGGACCGUUGGUCCAACAUCCAAUUACAGACAUCACACCCACACAUCUUACUUCAAAUGUGAUCGCAACAUUGAGACAAGCCGAUCAUUUAGUUAAUCAAGUAUUAGCAUCAAACGGCUGUGUAAAUGCUAUCAGUCAAAUGCCAGUUAUUUUAAUUCCUGUGCAUUUCGAUCGUGAUGCUGCUACUAGAACGCCUUCUUGUCAGCGCUCAAUUGUUCUUAGGCCUUUUUGUUCAAGUGAUUUUAUGACUGGUACUCCAGCUAUUCCUGGCAAUCAAUUGCCCAUGCAUGUUGUUAAGAAAAUGGUGACUGAAAUAUCAACAGUACCAGGUAUAUCGCGCGUUCUUUAUGAUUUAUCCUCGAAACCACCGGGUACUACAGAAUGGGAGUAAAUGACACUUAUUUUCGACUCAUUUCUUUCUAUUUUUUCACCACCUUUACGCGUAACGACUACAGAAGAGUGAAAAAAAAAAUAUAUUGCAAAAAUAUAUCUAUUACAAAAAAUUUAAAAAUACAAGAUUAUGAAUUCUUACCGAUUUAUAUAAGAAAAAAUAACUAAGCAAGAAUAAAUACUUGGAAUAUAUUUGUAUAGACUUAUUAUAUACAUACAUUCAUAUAUUCCAAGUUAUUUUUGCUUAAUAUAAUCGUGAAAUGAUUGCUUAAUCAUUGCACUGAUUAAAUAUGAUGGUAUUGUGUACAUUAAGGUCGAAGGUAAGUAUCAUGUUUGCUUGUAAAUAUGUCUCUAUUAGAUCAAUUGUAUAAAAUAAUAAUUUAUUCAAAACAAAUGAGAAAACACAUCAUCCAUGAUUAAUUUUUGCAUCCGCAAAUGUUACAUUUUAUUGAUGGUAACAUUAAAUUGCUGUUGUACUCGAUUUGCAUAUAAUGUUGAACAUGCUCAACAGAUUUCCUAUAGGUUUCAUGCCAAACGCAACUUCCACUUUUGGUCAUACAUCUAAACAAACAAACAUGUAGUAAAUUAAUGUAAUUUUUAUCAUAAUACCACUUUUGUUUUAAUACAAACAAACAAAUAAGAAGAAAAAAAUAAUCUCUUCAAA